UCAUUUCAGUCUCAUCAGUUGUCAAUUUAAGAAGUGUUUUUAAUCUUUAAUCACAAGUAUUUUCUGUGUAUAACCGCUGGAUAAAGAAAAUGCAAAGAAAUUUUGUAAGGCAAUUGGUUUUCCAAUUAGGAAAAGCUCGAAAUGUUUAUGAUGUGAAUAGACAAACAAUUCGAGCUUUGGCGACAGUUAAAGAAGUUUUCCAAAAUAAAAGUGAAUUUCCAACUCGACAUAUUGGCCCACGAAAAACGGAUGUGGUUUCAAUGCUUGACUUACUUGGAUUUAAAACUCUUGAUGAGUUGACAGACAAAGUCGUCCCUAAGAAAAUCAAAUUCGAUCGUGAUUUACAGAUUGAUGAGCCAUUAAAUGAACACGAAUUGAUUAACAGAAUUCGUGCGGUUGCGAAGAAGAACACUAUUUGGCGAUCGUAUAUCGGGAUGGGAUAUCACAAUUGUUACGUUCCACAUCCGAUACUAAGAAACAUUUUCGAGAAUCCUGGAUGGACGACACAGUACACUCCAUAUCAACCAGAAAUAGCGCAGGGACGUUUAGAAUCUCUUCUUAAUUAUCAAACACUUGUAACUGAGAUGACAGGUUUGGAUGUUGCCAAUGCAAGCUUGCUUGAUGAAGGAACAGCAGCAGCUGAAGCCAUGAGCUUGUGCUAUCGUCACAACAAAAGAAGAAAAAUUUAUCUUUCUCAGAAUCUCCACCCACAAACGCUUUCAGUUGUUGAAACAAGAUUAAGAGCUUUUGACAUUGAUGUCAUCAUUGGGCCAAUAAAUGAAGUCGACUUUUCAAACCAUGAUUACUCAGGAAUACUUUUGCAAUAUCCUGACACUUAUGGCAAUGUCAAUUGUAUCGAACAAAUUGCAACAGAAGCAAGAAAAAAUGGAACUCUCGUAUGUGUAGCUACGGAUCUUUUAGCAUUAACUCUUCUUCGCCCACCAGCUGAAUUUGGUGCAGAUAUUGCUGUUGGAACAUCGCAAAGACUUGGAGUUCCACUUGGUUAUGGUGGCCCCCAUGCCGGCUUCUUUGCUUGUAAACAGAAAUUAGUUCGAUUGAUUCCGGGACGAAUGGUUGGCGUGACACGUGAUCAUGAUGGUCAUGACGCUUAUCGUUUAGCUUUACAAACACGCGAACAACAUAUCAGAAGAGAUAAAGCAACAAGUAAUAUUUGCACAGCACAAGCUUUGCUUGCGAACAUGUCAGCGAUGUUUGCAGUUUAUCAUGGGCCAGAUGGAUUAAAAGAUAUUGCACAAAAUAUUCACAACGCUGCAAUUGCAUUGAGUUAUGGAUUGAAACGUGCCGGACAUCAACAACUAAAUGAAGUUUUCUUUGAUACCAUAAGAGUAGUUCCAAUGGGUUUGACAAUCGAAGACAUUAAAGAAAGGUCACAAAGGAAACAAAUCAACUUGCGCUAUGUUCACGAUGGUUCUGUGACAAUUGCUUUAGAUGAAACUGUCAAAACUGGAGAUAUUGAAGAUCUUUUAUGGAUUUUCAAAGCCGAUUCUUUGUCUGACAUUCUUGAAGAUCCAAGUGCUUUAAAUCAAAGCAUUUUUAAUUCAAAUUUUAAGAGAACAUCGCCAUUUUUAACACAUCCGGUUUUCAGUAAACAUCACAGUGAAUCCCGAAUGGUUCGUUAUAUGAAGCAACUUGAAAACAAAGACAUUUCACUGGUGCAUUCGAUGAUUCCAUUAGGAUCAUGCACAAUGAAAUUGAAUUCAACAACUGAGAUGAUUCCAUGUUCAUUCCGACAUUUCACUGAUAUUCAUCCAUUUGCACCAGUUGAUCAAGCUAAAGGAUAUCAUCAGAUGUUCAAUGAACUUGAGAGAGAUCUCUGUGAAAUCACGGGCUAUGAUAAAAUAUCUUUCCAACCAAACAGUGGGGCUCAAGGCGAAUAUGCUGGUCUUCGAGCAAUCAGGGGAUAUCACGAAGCAAACGGCAAUCAUCAUCGAACGAUUUGUUUGAUUCCAGUCUCUGCUCAUGGAACAAACCCAGCUUCAGCACAAAUGGCUGGAAUGAGAGUUGAACCGAUCAAAGUUAAAGCAAGUGAUGGAACUAUCGAUCUUGCACAUCUUAAAGAGAAAGCAGAAGAAUUUAGUGAAAUUUUGUCAUGUUUAAUGUUAACUUAUCCAUCAACAAAUGGAAUUUUUGAAGAAGGUGUUGCUGAAGUCUGCGAGUUGAUUCACAAACAUGGGGGACAAGUUUAUCUUGAUGGUGCCAACAUGAAUGCACAAGUUGGACUUUGUCGACCAGGUGAUUAUGGAAGUGACGUGUCGCAUCUUAAUCUUCAUAAAACUUUCUGCAUUCCACAUGGUGGUGGUGGACCUGGAAUGGGACCAAUUGGAGUGAAGAAACAUUUGGCACCGUUUCUGCCAUCACAUCCCGUUAUUGAUAUUUUCCAUGAACUAGAAGACAAUCAAAGUUUUGGAACAAUUUCAGCAGCACCUUAUGGCAGUUCAGCAAUUCUUCCAAUUUCUUGGGCGUAUAUAAAAUUAAUGGGCGGACGUGGUUUACGACGAGCUACACAAGUUGCUAUUUUAAAUGCAAAUUACAUGUCAACAAAACUCGAACCUUAUUACAAAACUCUCUAUAAAGAUCCAGCUUCUGGUUUAGUUGCACACGAAUUCAUUCUCGACAUUCGAGAUUUCAAGAGAACAGCAAAUAUUGAAGCAGUUGACAUUGCGAAACGUUUGAUGGAUUAUGGGUUCCAUGCACCGACAAUGUCAUGGCCCGUUGCUGGUACUCUCAUGAUUGAACCAACAGAAUCUGAAGAUAAAGAAGAACUUGAUAGAUUCUGUGAAGCUUUAAUGACAAUCAGAGAAGAAAUCAGAGAAAUCGAAGAAGGAAAAAUGGACAUGAAAGUAAAUCCUUUGAAAAUGUCACCUCACACUCAAUUCCAAGUCGUUAAUUCUGAAUGGAAUCGACCAUACACGAGAGAACAAGCAGCUUUUCCAGCACCAUUCGUAAGAUCCGACUCCAAAGUUUGGCCAUCGGUUGCAAGAAUUGACGAUGCUUAUGGUGAUAAACAUUUGGUUUGCACUUGUCCUCCGAUAUUGCCUGAUCUUUACACAUAAAUCGUGUUCAAUAUUUUCUAAACAUUUUUCUGUUGUUGACGUUAAGUGCAAAAUACUUUUGAGUUUAUGAAAAAUAUUUUUUUUUAUUGGAAAAUAAAUUUUUUAACUUUUAUUAUGAGAA